UGAAGACACUAAAAUUCCGGACGAAGACGACCAUAUUGAAAUUGGCAAGGAGAACGACGAUAUUUGCAUACAUAACAAAGAAGAUUCUGCUUUAGAGACAUAUAUCAAAUCCCUCGAUUGCCAAGUUAGAUUGUUAGUGAAAGAAUUUACAACAAAUAAAACAACAGUUGACAAAACGCUACAAGAUCAUUCGAAAGUACUAAAUCAGCUCCAAAAUCUAGAGACAAAUAGUGAGUUGGAUAGCCUAAGAAAAGAAAACCUUCAACUAAAAAAACUAAAUGAUGAGUUUUCCAAAAGAAUUAACAAUCUUAGCUGUAUUCUAGCAGAUCUUCAAGACAAAGCAAAAUCAGCAGAGGAUGAAAAAGCCAGCUUAAUCACGGCAAUUAAACUAUUGUACAAGGAGAACGAACGAAAUCAAGAACAAUCAAAUGUCAAUCAAGCAGAUCAAAUUAAUUCAGAGGAACAACAGAGGCAACAACAUGACCUGACCUGUCACCAAGUGAAUCCGAAUAUUCAAAUCAAUAAUCGCUUCGCUGGUCUCAGUGUUGAAGAACAUACCGAAGAAGUGUCAAUGCUGCAAGUCAAUGCUGCAAGUCAAGUAACCCAAACGUUAACCGAAACCCGUCAGAAGGAGAGCUGGAAAGCUUCAGCUAACAGCUUCAGUGCUGAACAAAAGGGGUCGAAUACCACUGCAAAGAAACACGAUAACAAGGAGGAUCGACAACUAAAGCGUCAUACAACCGUGCUGAUAGGCGACUCCAUGAUCAAGAAUAUUCAAGGGCCAAAGCUUGGCAAAGAGGUCGGCAACCGGGUCGUAGUAAAAUCAUUUCCGGGUGCUAUAUCUGAAGAUAUGAGACAUUAUAUCAAGCCAACGAUAGACCGUUCACCAAAUCGAAUUGUUCUCCAUUGUGGAACUAACGAUCUGAAAAGUUCCAGUUCAACCUCGGUUGCCGAGAGGGUUGUUAGUCUUGCAAGUGAAAUAGAAAAGACCUCUGAAACUAAAGUUAUCAUUUCCGAUCAAGUUAACAUGAUCAAGUUAAAACCGUCAACAAACAACUCAGAAAACACUGCCAAAGUAACGGCUGGACACUUAUUCAACAUAAUAACAUUAGCUUUGCUGAUUUGA